UUUGAGCAAGAGAAGAUCAGUAGAGCAACAAGAGUGCUGCACCACAAUGAUCAUAACACUGGCUGCUUUGAUUCUUCUUUGUACACCAUCUGUGACUCAAACUUCAGAGGUUCCUCAGUUGAUCUCUUUGACUGUUGUUGACCUUGGUGACAAUGUUACUUUUGGCUGUGAGGUCUCUGAGAAGGAGUUAAAAUCCUUUCAUUGGUAUAAACAGUCUCUGGGACAUUUGCCCCAAAGUGUUGCUUCUGUUAUUCUUGACAAAAUAACUUUAUCUGAUGCAUUUAAAGAUUCACGUUUCACAUUGAACAAAGAAAUAUUUACUAUCAGAAAUGUCAGCAAAGAGGAUGAAGCAACAUAUUUCUGUCAAACGCGAAAAGCAUAUUCACAGAUGUUCAGCAGUGGCACAUUCUUGGCUGUGAAAGAUUACAACCAGCAGGAAUCAAUCUACAUGAAACAAGUUCCAAAGAAAGAGUCUGUUCUGAUCGGAGACUCGUUGGCUCUCCAGUGUUCACUUCUCUCCACGAGCAAAGAAAAAGCACUCCAAUGUCCAGAUGAACACAGAGUGCACUGGUUGAGAGCUGGUUCUGAAAGUUUUACUCCAAGCAUCAUUUACACUCACAUGGACAGCAGGGAUGAGGCUCUGAAGAGAAACUGUGUCUACAGUCUAUCAAAAACGAUACAGGACUACUCUGAUGCUGGGACUUAUUACUGUGCUGUGGUCACAUGUGGAAAGAUCCUGUUUGGUGAAGGAACUAAAGUAGAGAUAAAGUCAGUAUCAGGAUUUGGGCUGUUUGUUCUUGUGCUUGGAGUAUUCUUGACCAGCUGCAUGAUUUUGAUCCCCAUUCUUGUUUUCUACAGCAAUCAAAGGAAUGUUUGUCAACGCUGCACAGGAAAAAUGACUGGCUCCCAUCAUAUUGGCAAGUCAACAGUGGAUCAAUCAAAUUCCAUACAUACGUUUCUGAAUGACAAAGACACUGCAGCCAGCUGUGCAGAACUGGGUUUCUCCAGAAAAAUAAAGAUGAGAAGAGCAAACACAGAGUGUGUGUACUCUGUUCUCAAAGCAGAUAAUCACACCUAACACCCUCUGCAGGGCAGCGCAGGGCCGAUGCAGCGACACACUCAUUUCAAAGUUAUCAGCAUUUAUUUCCUUGCUGCUUCGUUUUUUCUUAGCAACAUACUUUCUUGUGGGAAACUCAGUUUGUUAAGAAAUCACCGCAGCUUGCUUGUCACUAUUUUUGCUAUCACCAUAUCUCCGUUAUCAUAGUUAUUGAUUUUAUUUUGCUGCCAUGAAAAAUAUAUUUUUUGUAUUAGUUUCUUACAUAGAACAGCUUCUGCAGGCUACUUCAGUUUGUCUGUGAAAUCAGUUUUUGCUUAUCGUGGUCCGAGAGUUUUCGAGUAUAGUUUUCAGAUAUAUCAUAGGAGUUUAUGUUUUGUUUAACUUUUAGAUUCCUUUUUUGAAUUCUUUAUAAUUCCAACAGUGGCUUUGAUUUCUUGUAAUAUUGUUGUAUUGUUUUUUUCUAACUUCAAAUAUUAAGUUUCUGUUUUACAAUUAUGUUUUUUGGUUCAGAUUUUCAUUGUUAUUCUAUGGAUUUUAAAUUUGGGGGAUAUAUUUGGGGAAUCUUUUAUGUUUCUUUUUUUAUUUGAUUUAUUAUAAUUUUCAACAGUGGAUUCACUCUGUUUCUCUUCCUGUCUUGUUUUUAUGCCAAUGUCUUGGUUCUUCUGUAUCAACUAGUCUGACCUGAUUAAACUGAUAAUCACCAUCUUAUAAUAUUCGUCUUAUAUUAUUUCCCCUUAAGCUUGAAUCAUACUUGGUUAGUUCGAAGUAAUAAGGAUGUCUAAAGUUUCUGUAUAGCAACAAUAUUUUCUGGCACAACUUCACCUACUUUUAAGGUGCAUGGAGAAGAAAAGGACCUGAUGAGAAGACUCCAGUGGAAACGCGUUGGUCACUUAAUAACGCUUUUCUUUUAUACUUUAAGUGUCUCUAAAGUUUCUGUAUAUGCAGCUCUGACUGAGUGAAUUUAAUCAUAGGUUGUAGUAUCUAAAAUUUAAAUAUUUUUAACAGCUGAAGAACAACUUGAAAUGACAGAAUGUGAAUCAUCUGUUAAACUUAAAAGAAGUACUGUGCAUUGAUCAAAAACAGUAGUUUUGCUAAUACAGUGUUGGGGAGUAGCGGAAUACAUGUACUGGC